AUGGUCAUGGACGAUCCCUCGCUGCGCGCGCUGACCGAGGCAACGGCCGGUGCAGUGGGUGGCCUGCUGAGCACCACUAUCCUAUACCCGCUUGACACGUGUAAAACGAGAUUUCAAGCGGAGGCGGCUUCAGAUGGACGAAAACGAUAUAGCAACAUCGCGGACGUGCUGCGCGAGGCAGUGGCGAGCGGGGACAUAUCGUCUCUAUACGCGGGGCUGGCGACGAAGAACAUGCAGUCGGUGCUCACGGGCUUCGUCUACUUCUACGCCUACUCCUUCUUCAAGACGCGCUACCUCGCCUCCGCGCACCAGAAGAACCUCGGCCUGCUCGCCAAUCUCGCCGUCGCCGCCUCCGCCGGCGCGUGCACCGCCGUCGUGACGCAGCCGUGGGACACACUAUCGGCGCGCAUGCAGACGAGUCGGCCGGGCGAGGGCAAGGGGUUCGUGCAGAUGCUGCGCGAGGGCGGGCUCGCGCACGCAUUUGACGGGCUCGGCGUGUCGCUGCUGCUCGUCUCCAACCCCGCCAUCCAGUACACCAUGUUCGAGCAGAUCAAGACGCGCUGGCUGCGCCGAAACGCCACGCUCGCAGCGACAGCGGACACCUGUGGUCCGCCGCCAGUCCUGUCAGCAGCGGCAGCGUUCAUCAUCGGCGCGCUCUCCAAGACCAUCGCCACCAUCGCCACAUACCCUGCCAUCAGGUGCAAGGUGAUGAUGCAGCGGGCAGAGACGGAGGAGGAGAAGCAGCGCCGGGCAGCAGGAGACCUCACGGCUGGCCCUCCAAAGUCCAUGGCCCUGGCGAUGCGAGUCAUAUGGCAGACGGAGGGACUGCCGGGGUUCUUCAAGGGCAUACAGGCGCAGAUUCUCAAGACAGUGCUGUCGUCCGCGCUCAUGCUCAUGAUCAAGGAGCAGGUCUCCUUCACCUCGCGCUCCCUCGUCCUCGCCAUCCACCGCUCCCUCUCCUCCCUCUCCUCCUCCUCUUCCUCCUCCGCCUCUGCAGCAGCACGCAGGUCUGCUGCUGCCGCUGCUGCUGCGCUCCCAGCGCCUGUGAAGGCAGUUCCUGUUCAGGUUGCGGUGACCCGUACACCCCCUGCUGCUGCUGCCGCUGCUGGUCCCGCUUUACAUCAUAGUCUCCCUGUGGCGUCUGCUCCUGCUCCUAUGGCCGCUGUGGCAGCAGCUGCAGCAGCAGCAACGGCAGGGUCGACCAGAAGCUCUGCUCACUCUCACGUGCCUGCAGUUAGGCCGUCUGCCUCUGCUGCUCACUUCACUACCAGCCACUCACCGGGCAUUGUGUUUGCUCCCUCGGUGCUGCCACCCCCCACAUCCACGCUACACUUGCAUGCGGCAGGGUCACCGAUGCAAAGGCCUGGGGGAAGCAGAGCAGGGGGUGCAUUUGACCGCCUAUCGACAGUCAUUGGGUCUUUCCAUGCGUCACCUCUCAGAACGUCAACAUCCUCCUGCAACUGCCGCCCGGGCUCGCUGUCCGCCACGUGGAGCGGGGAAACGUCGCAACGCCACGUCAUCCGCGAGGCAGCCGUGCUGCGGAGCCGUGCGCGAGUGAGACGCGUCAAUAGACCCACGUGGCGAGCACACGCCACACCCUCCUCCUCUUCCUCCUCCUCUUCCUCCUCUUCUUCUUCCUCUCCCACCCCCUCCUCCUCCUCGCCGUCCUCCUCCGCGCCUCUCUCGCUGCAAGAUAGCGACGACGGGAGCGAUGACGUGUCGUCGCCUCGCUCCAUAGCUGCAGGGCUGCACCGCCGCUACCGCGCCGUCGUUGACAGCGGCUACCGCGACCACCUUAAGGAGUUCGCGCGAGCAGCAGUGGCGGCGUAUGCAGUGGGGUGCACGGAGGAGGGGCUACGGCGGGAGCUCACUGCACUGCUCUCCGUACAACCCCCCGAUCCUCCCUCAACAGCAGCAGCAACCGAAGGAGCAGCAGUAUCUGAAAUAGCAACAGAAACGGGAGCAGCAGCAUCAGUAAUGGACACAGAAGCAAGCGCUGCAGAGGAAAAGGACUUGUCAUUGUCGUCCUUGUCAUUUCCCUCGUCUGUGCCAUCCGCAGCAGAUGUUUCCGCAGAAUCACGGCAUGAGGUGCAGGAGUGUGUGCUGUGGGUGGCGAUAGUGUUUGUCACGAUAGCGGUGCUACCGCAGCCUGUGGUGACGCGGUGGGCCAUGUCCAAGGCAGCGUCACCCGAUUCGCACGUGCAGUGGAAGGGCUUCUGCUCGCUCAUUGCCAACGCUUACUACACACAGGGCAUGGCCUGUGCGACUGCUUUAUCCUCCAUCCACGUCCGCUUCCCCAGUUGUUCACUCUGCUUCCAGCACAGAGUCCCUUUCCCCCCUCCCUCACCACAUCCGAUCCCCUCGCAUGGACGUCUGGUACCCCGAGUUUUGGCAGCAGAUGGAGCAGUUGACAGCAGCGUGGUGGGCGUGGCAACUCCCAGAGUCGCCCGUGCCAUAGCAAUCCCAGAUUCACAUCACAGUACUGUGCGUGUUCUAUCACUUCCCCACAUCCGUCUCUCCCACACACCCUCAUUACACACCACCAGGUACCCCCUAAGUCAGGGACUCAGUGGGUCGGCUGCAGAUGGAGCAGAUGGCUAUAGUGUAGUGGUACUCGGUGGGGCGGCUGCAGAUGGAGCAGAUGGCGGUGGCGGGGGUGGCGGAGCCAGCAGCGGUGGUGGCGGACAGAAUGCGCCUCGUCUUCACCACUCUCGAGGUCGUCGACCCCCGAUGGGGGGGCCUGCAAGACUUCCCCACGCUCUGAUUACCUCACUCCUCAUUGGCCCUCGAGAUGACAUGCUGGCACUCCGGAAUCUGUGCUGCCCCAGACUGGCUUUUGUUGAGCCUGAAUCCUUGUAG